UUCCAGCCAAAAUGUUGCUUCGUCUGUUCCUGAUUCUCGGACUACUUCAGUUGAGCUAUUGUCAGAAACCGAAAUAUAUCACAGUAACUUAUACAAAGGUUAAUUGGUUCAGGGCGCAACUUAUUUGCAAUCGCUCCAACAUGACUUUAGCUUCGGUUCCCAAUAUUCAGAGUCAUUACAAAGUGAUAAGCAGCAUAAGUGAGAUUGCUUAUUUAUUGGGCCGAGAAAAAUUCUGGUUAGGCGGAAAUAACCUUGGUGAUCUAAGUACAUGGAAUUGGCCAGGUGCAGGAUUACCUUUUGGCUACAAGAAAUGGGCAGAGAAUGAACCCACAUCCGCUUUGACUGGAGAAGAAGCGUGCCUCGUUAUGGCUGAGGAUAAUGACUGGUACAGCGAAGACUGCUACAAUAAAUACUUUUUUGUAUGCGAAUCAAAGUGCGACUCUAAUGCAGCUGUGGAACCUAUAUUUAUUUAAUUGACAUCAAAUAAUAUAAAUUACUUUAAAAUGAUUUCGAAAUAUCUAAGAAAUCUUACAAAUUUGAAGUAAUGGAAAAUAUUAAAGUGAACCUAAAGCCUUAA